AUGCCCCCCAAACCAUUCAAUCCCCCUCGUCCCUCCGGGCAAUCCAAACCUCGCGGACGUCCCAAAGGCGCAACUUCCACAUCCCUAACCUCCAAACCUAAAUCUACAGUCAAACCGGGAGUUUCCAAGCAACCCCGCGUGUCCAAAACUCCCACUCCUCAACUAGAAGACUCAGACUCAGACUCAGAGUCGGAAAAAGAUAUAAAUGAUGAAAUGGAAGUCGACGAGGAUAGCGAUGAUCCGUUCGCAUCACAACCACCUAUACCAAAAGGGAAAGGCAAAGCAUCAAUAUCUACAUCCACAACCAAACCCUCAACCUCCAAAGCAAAAAACAACGGCGAUCCCCAAUCCUCUGGUUCCGAGCUCGAAAUGAUAUCUCCCCCUCGUCCUACUCCUCGCAACACCGCCUCAACAUCUACCCACCCAAACCCAGCAGAAGAAUCAGAUUCGGACUCUGAAAUCCGCACAACAAUUUCUAAUGAUCUCCUAUCUAAAAUUAUGCACGAAUUAUUUGCAGAGCCUAAUACGCGGAUUUCAAAAGAAGCGAAUAAAGCGGUGGGAAAAUAUAUGGAUACGUUUGUUCGAGAGGCAAUUGCGAGAGUUAGGUAUGCGGAGAGGGGCAGUGGAAGAGGGGGUGGGUUUUGGGAGGUAGAAGAUUUGGAGAAGAUGGCGCCGCAGUUGUUGUUGGAUUUUUGA